UAUUAUGGCACGGCUAUGUGACACACGCAUCAAGGACGUUCUAAAUUGAGCGCCAAGACACAACUAGUUAAGCACGCUUUCGUCUCGUUAUUACAAAGGCUCUUUCCCCAGCACUGUCAUAUUUCUUUGUCGGCAUGAGUCACCCCCGCAAUAUUAAUAGUCUUCCAGCGGAACUGCUCCUAAGCAUCUUCCGACUCACAGGAACCCACGGUAGUCCGCACGGACUCCCCGGAAUUGUCACAGCGUCGCAUGUUUGCAAGUGCUGGCGAUACCUCAUCCUCCAAACCCAGUCUCUCUGGACUGUGCUCUCAAUUUCUAACAGGGAGAAACAUUACGCCGACCACGCCCGUGUCUGGCUGACGCGAAGUGGCGUAUUACCAGUUGACAUAACUGUCCACUGGGACUCGGCAUUAGUGGAACGCAAAGCUGAAGAUGCUCUCUUUCCCAUUGAUGACGCCGCUCCAUGGGCUGAUGAAAGCUCACAAUACGUUAGACGCUCGUACAUGGAAUAUGAGCGAUUCCGUGAACUCGAGCGUCGGUCACUCAUGCGUGAGCUUGAACGUCACAAACACCGUUGGCGCUCCUUCAAAUGGAAUGUAACUUCGGGCGGCCUGUUCGAGGAAAGCGCAGAUGUAGACGUGGUAAGUGUGGCAUGUCUUGCGUCUAUACAUAGAUCGCGCAUGUUCUUAUUGCACUGAACAAGUAGACGACGUUGGAAGCCCCUGAUCACCUU